CUGUGCCCGUCGAAUAGAAAAAGCAUUGGAAAACUAGAGAACCAGAAAAUUGUGAACAAAGUGAUGGCUCUAUCAACCACUGCUGCAACACUCUACAUUUCUGGCAACAACAUUCAUGCCCCAGCGCGCAAAAGCUCCUCCGUAUUCUCAAAUUCUACCAACUUUUCUAUAAAGAAGAGAAGAAUACUGAGCAUCAGGAGCUCCGGUGAUGUAUCAUCCGAGACACCAGCCACUGAAACAGAAUCAGAAAAAUUCAUUGAUGAAACUCCUAAAGGACCUCCUUCUCUAAUCUCUGCUCUUAAUGUUGAACGAGCUCUUCGUGGCAUCGCAAUAACAGAUGUCGAUCACUAUGGUAGACUUGGCCUUCAAAGAGGAUGUUCUUAUGAACAGGUCACAGUGUCCUUCAGAAACAAGGUUGACGAACUCCUGAAUCAGGGGCUGGAUGAAGAAGAUCUCAGCAAGAAAAUGGAUCUCUUAAAAGAAUCAUACUCGAUUUUGUCAUCGGUGGAAGAAAGAAGGCUUUAUGACUGGAGCUUGACAAGAAGUGAAAACCCAGAUAGAUAUGCCUGGCCUUUUGAGGUGGAUAUCACCCAAACUCCCACGGAGGACCCUCCACCAGGGGAACCGGAGGACGUCGGGCCGACGAGAUUGGUGGGAUAUUUCAUGUUGGGAUGGCUAAUACUGUCCGUCGUGUUGUCUAUCGCCCUUGCCCGAUAGGGGUUGUGUUUUUAUUCUGUAAUAUAGUAAUCACAAAUGUUCUUUUCUACACGAAUUUGGAUGAAGCGAACUGCCACCAUUAUCAUUCU